CGGCGCGCGACGGCGGGCGGCGGGAGUGCGCGAGCCGCUGCGCCCGUGCGGGGGGUGGGGUCCGUGCGCGGGAGGCAGGCAAUGCCACCUAUUGGUGAUGCCCCACGUUACCUUCUGCUAUAGAAUAAUUACACCCGAGAGGAAGCAUGAGUAAAUGCAGAUCUAGGAACCAGCUGGUGCUUUGAGAAAAGCUAUGAAUCGUGGGAAGUACCUGAGAAGAACAAGUCCACAAUAGAAGCCAUUAAAUGGAGAUGCAAUUGCUGAGAACAGCCAGUGGAUCUGUCUGGGUUUACGAGGACGUUCAUAUUGAAUUAGGCUCUCUCUGCCAGUGACUGGCUGUGGAUUUAUGGAGGUGCUGGGGAGCAGCUUUGAGUACUGCCACGCACAACAUUGUGCCCACUGAGGAAAGCUCUCGGCCAGCUCGCCUGCCCUUGGGUCCGUGCCCUUGGGUUUAACCAUUCAAAUCUCCCGUGCAUGGCUCUCGCAGCCAAGGGACUUCUGCUGGCUGCUGCCACAGCCUGAUCCGCUUCGGGCCCCCAUCGCUGCUCCCAAGUACUCCACCUAUCCAGAUGGGGUAACGUGACAGAGCGAAACGGCACGCGAGGAGGUUCCCAGGUGCAGAGGCCUUUCUAGAGAAGAGAGCAAAGAAACCGGACGGCGCAGAAGGCAGGGAGGGCGGCGGCUCUGGAUUGUACAUCCAAAGGAAACUGACACUACAAAGGGAGAUUAUUAUUUUUUAUUAUUAUUAUUUGGCUUCAAUCACAGGGCUUUUUGUGUGUGUUGGGGGAUCUAACACACUCCCAAGAGCUGGGAAUAUUUGCACAACAUUUGUGUUGGGGGUUUUUUAAAUUACUUCCCUCCCACCCCAAACUCCAAGGUUUUUUUUUGUUUUUUUGUUUUUUCUUCUCGUCCUUCUUUCUUUCUUUCCCCCUGCCACCCUCACUUCACCAUGGCCCGUAUGAAUCGGCCUGCACCUGUGGAGGUGUGCUACAAAAACAUGCGGUUCCUGAUUACUCACAACCCCACCAAUGCCACGCUCAACACCUUCAUAGAGGAUCUGAAGAAAUACGGAGCGACGACGGUAGUGCGGGUCUGCGAAGUGACCUACGACAAGACUCCCCUGGAGAAGGAUGGCAUCACAGUAAUGGACUGGCCCUUUGAUGACGGCGCUCCUCCUCCCAGCAAAAUAGUGGAAGACUGGCUCAACUUGCUGAAAACAAAGUUCUGCGAAGACCCUGGCUGCUGCGUGGCUGUUCAUUGUGUGGCUGGCCUGGGCCGAGCUCCUGUUCUCGUAGCCCUGGCUCUGAUUGAGAGCGGGAUGAAGUAUGAAGAUGCCAUUCAGUUCAUCAGACAGAAGCGCAGAGGAGCCAUCAACAGCAAGCAGCUAAUGUACUUGGAAAAAUACCGGCCAAAGCAGAGACUCCGAUUCAAGGACCCUCACAACCACAAGAACAGAUGCUGCAUCAUGUAACCUCAGCAACCUCUUGCCAAAACACACGCACGGACACACACAUGGGGGCACGCAGGGUCGGACGGUGGAGUUGCGGGGAGCUUGGACAAAGUGACACUGACCUUUCCUUGUACACGGGGCACUCUCUCUUUAAAGAAUCGCUGCACCCCUGGCCAGCUAAGGCCAAGGAGAGAAGAUGGUUCGGCAUCUCACUCCUGGUUUUAAUGGACAAAGAAUUAGCCCAUCAUUUCCCCCUCGCCCCAAAUCUCCCUUCCGCCUCCUCACCCUUUCCCCAGCUGAAGGUGGAGCUUGAGUGGAUCUAAAUUCUUUGCACUGAACCCAACUGCAGGAAGAGAUCUGUCCAGGCUGCGCCGCCCCGGGGAUGGGUUGUGGGAGGGAGAAAUGCAGAGAAUUUGUCUGCUGCCUAGUGUGUGACAGCCACAGUCUGGCAUUGUGUCAGAUACGCAUCGGGCCAGCCCCUUCCAUUGGGUUUGCUGGAUCGGGGGUUAGGAUGUGCUCUGAGGUUGGGUUUCCCCACUAGUCACAGACAUUCUUCCCCCUCCCUUCUCUCUGUGCUGCUCUUCAUUAGGGCCACAAUGUUACAUGUCCCAGUGGGGCACAUAGGAUCAAGGGCAAGUGGCUUGUUUUAGUUCCCUGGAGUUAGCUCCAGUCAGUCACUCGGGGCAGGUUGUUGUUGAGGGAGGAAACGGCGCUGUUACAUACACUGCCUGAAUUCCAGCCCUGCACCGAACAUCCUCCGUGUGUCCCCUGGGAACAUCACUCUCCAACAGAGAACUCGGUUCGUUCAGAUUUCAAGGGCAUUCUUCCCCCUCCCAGCCACCUUUCUCCUUUGCCUGAAAAGAACCUACCCCUAGAAUUCCUUUUCUCCUUCUGAAAUCAAAUGGUCUUUUGGGAAGUGGGUUGUACACUGGGGAGGGGGGUGGGAAUGGAAAGGGAGCACGUUGCUUGGGCCAGUAAAGGGUCUUCUAGUUGGGAGGAAAGCGGCUUAGGUGUGAACGCUAGCCAGGUGUUAGAUAGACGCAUCCCAGAGCAUAUUCACAACCUCCAAACAGAGACUCCGGGACUGGGUUGGUGCUGGGGCUGACAGGGAGGGAGAAGGGGCAGCCAGACAAUUUGAUGUCACAGAGGCGUAGCGUGCGAGGGAAUUGGGAGUAUGUGAUGUUUCAGUCACAUUCUUGGAUCAUAGGAGUUUCCCGUCUGGCUCAGCGUUAGUGUAACUAGCCAGGAUCUGCUUGUUUCACCUUGAAAGCCACUGUCUGGCUGAAAGACUGAGCAGCUUCCUACACCAAGUGAACCCCGGAGGAGCACAGGGGGGCGGGUGGUAAUAUUUCUCUUGAAAUUUGUCAUCUUUUCCCUUCUGACUGGGUCUGAUCUUCCCCGUGGCACAGCGUCUGCUGCAGCAGCUUCCCGUUCAGGUAGCCAGCCCUCCGCGGUGCUCUGCAGUGCCAUCCACCUUUGGCUAUGACCCGUGGCUGGGGUUAGGUACCGCUGCCCUUGGGGAAGUAUCAUUGAAGUUGGGUUCUCUCCAGAUGGCUGCAGCUGUAACCCUGGGCUCCCCCAGUGGGUUGGGGAAAGGGCUGAGAUCCUCUCCCGUGGUGCACAUGGCCUGGAUAAGUGUGUUACCCCGGAGAGGGGAGCACCUUGGUUACAGGAGGCCAGUCCAGCAAAGCAGUGACUUCAGGAGAACGCUGCUGUGGCAGAGAUGCCCAGAUCUGUAGGGGGCCUGGGGAUUGGGCACUACUAUUCUGUCUUACCCCUUCCUCUUUUCUAAGGAAUCGAUGCAAGAACAAAUGGCAGGUCUGCUCCUGGACUUCCAUGUGUCCCUUCCCUAGAGCACUGCCCAUGUGUGUCCUGUCACCUCUGACCUCUCUAGUAAAUGCACAAGCUUUACAAAGUGGAAAGAAGAUGGUUAAUGUGCUGCUUGUCUGAUGAGAAUGGGUGCUGCCCAGGGCAGCUUUUUGCUCAGAUGCUGCGACCGAGGCCUGGCGGGCAGAGCACAUGGCGAGUGCCCACAAUCCCAGCUCCACCGUGCACUUCCCCUGUGGCUUGCGCACAUCAUGUCAGGUGUGUGUGUGUCCGUGUCCCGAAAGAGGAGAGGAGAAUGGCUGGGAGGAUGGAUAGCAAAGCGCCAAGUGGCCAUUGAGUGUUAGCUACAUGGGGGGUGUCCUCCCGGAAACUUCUCCGGCUAAUCUGCGUGAAAGCCACUGGAGUUCUAGGUUUGGAGAGUGGCUCGGAAGGGUCAGUCUCUUGCAUGCAGGUCCUGUAGUGGGGAAGGAUUAAGAAACUCUUCCUCCAAAUCCUGCGUCCAUUUCUAAGGGCUCUCCUGCCCUGUGUGCGGAGGGGAGCCUGCGCCUGAAGAAAGGGGAGAUUCAUGUGAGCAGCCUGCUCUGUUUGGAAGGGGCAGGUGAGCUGGACACAUCCAAACAAAUGCCACUUGCUUCUGCCCCAGUGCCCCUGGGCUCAGGGAGUGCAGUGCUCCCCUGUGGGCAUGGGGCGGGAGAACAGCUUGGAAACCCCCGGGAGUCUUCCUUUCUCUCCAUGGCUCCCUUCUGUAGCAGGGAGAAUAGGGCUCCUGUUGCUUUGCCAACCCAUGCCAUUGCUCCUCCAUGUGACUGUGCAUUUCUGCGAGCCCAGAAAGGAGCCAGUCUCAGAAAUCACCCGCCGCCAGCUUGCUCUUCACUAACCCCUAGCUGAUUGCGGAGCAGGGUCUCUAAAGGGAUUUCAGUGACACUUCUCAGAGAGGCAGCCCCAGGGAAGGGUUUUUCCCUCCUUCCCAGCCCCCUGGCUGUUCCAGGUUCUGCCAUGAGCCGGCCAGCCUCACAAUAUCCAGGAACUGGUGAUUGUUUAAAACGGGGCAGAGGGGGAGCAGCCACCUUCCCUUGUGGCAGAUGGAUCUGCAGUGCAAGGAGUGUUUGUGGGGGAGGGAGAUGCAGGAACACCAUACACGGGAUCUCUGGCUCACUGCUGCACCCACUCUCUUUUGGGGCUCUGAUGAACCUAGCAAUGGGGAGUUCUCCACCCCGCAGCUGUCCUGAGUCGCUAUCUGAGCAUGCCCAGGCACUGCCAAGGAUACUUUGUACUGCCUGUGGAUGCUCCGUGUUGUUUAAGGCCAUGUGACACGGAAGAUGGCCAGUUUCUGCCCUCCACGCUGUGCGGUGGAGAAUGGAAUGUGCUGGCCCAGUGUGAACGCGGCUUCAGCGGUGCUGCACCAGCUCAAUCCUGUAUGGGUCGGUCUGAGAGGAGAGGUCCUGCCUCUUCCACUGGCCCCUCUAACGUUGGGGGUAAACAGACGAAUUGCCCUCCUCCCGCCCCGUGCACUGCUGUAUGCUUCCCAGUUUGUCAGCGCUGUCGGCUUUGACCUCGGCUGGGUCCCAGCUCAGGAUCUCUGCAAGCAGGUGCCUCCGUGUUGGGCAUUCGAAGCUUGGGUGGACUCAGCAGUUCAUCUUCCCCAGCCCAGCCCACUACCUCUACUGCAGCCAGCAGUAAAGAUGGCACCCUCCAGUCUAGAAAGAGGUGCUGAUACCAGAAGAACUCCAAACAAAACAGCCUGCAAGGUCACAUGUUCCCUGGGCAUGCUUCAAACUCCCCCUCGGAGUCAGGCCUGGCUUCAGCUUUGGAGACUGCCUUGACAUACUCCACACCAGAGCAAUCCAUUGACCCUGCACACACACCCUCCCCCAGGUGAAAUCCUUAAUGCAGGCACACUGUAGCAUGAGUGUAUGUGAACACAUGGCGACAAUUACAUCAUGAACACCACUGGGCAUGCUUAUGGGGCAGCUGUCCAGUGGCAGAAGUGAUGUAUUUAAACACCCACCACAAUAUGCUUGUUAAUUCCUGCCCUUGCAAGAAGAAAACACAUUUUUAACGGAUGAAAAAUGGAACAUAUUUGUCUUCCACGAAUCCUCUGGCCUUUCUUGUCUCAUCGGCUCCAUUUCUAAGCACCACAGGGCACUGCAGCUCGUCUGUCGAGGAACCAGGGCUGGAAGGCCCUGCCAACAGAAAGAAGAAUAUAAACUUCCCUCCUCCUGAGCAGAACACACAGAAAUGAUGAGAGAUAAUCCACACCCCAGUGCAAAACCUUCCUUCCGGGCAAGCCAGCCCAAGUUGUUCAUGCUUAUUGCAUCCCGAAUUGGAAAUGUAGUCCACUCACCCACCGCGCUGGUCAAGCACAAAGUCAUGAAUGAAAAGGACUCUGCCCCUCAGCAUAAUUUAUGAUUGUAACUCGUCGUCGUAGCAUCUUCUGUUAAUAUCCCGUGGAGAUCAUGAAUGGGGAUUACAAAUGCUGAUUUCAUCUGCUCCUUGUCAGUAAUAGCGACGUAGGCCAGAACCUAGUCGCGUGGAUGGGCCCAGAUGAUCAUCAAUGCCUAGUGAUUUUGAGUGCCUCCAUUUUUGGGGUCCCCAACCAGAGCUGCCUUAAAGGGGCCUUGACUUUCAAAAAGUGCUGAGCAUCAGGAACCAUUUCAAGUCUCAAAUUCUGGGCCCCUAAAAACAGACAGUCACCAGCCACUCCUGCAGCUUCACCUCUGAUCUCGUAAAGAAGGCUGUAUAGUUCUUCAGACAUAUGCAAAGGAGCUGAUGUAGGUUUAAUGGCUCCAGGCUGCCUGACUUAUUCAAAAACCGUCUCUAGUGCUGCCUCUCAUCCAUCCCAAAUACCACCGCUUCACAGAAUGCUCACGCUGAGGCCAAUCCCAGGGGGUUGGUUAGAAGCGUUAUUCCUUCGGCUGUACUGUGCAUUACUGGGAGAUCACGAUGACCUCGGGUGUGCACCACACUGAGCAGUGCCCCAGAGCAAUGCUGUGUUUCUGUGCCAGCAGCUCAUCUCUCCUCUGCCUCUGGAUCUUGGCAGGAAUCUCCCACAAGGUCACAGCCUUUAGACGGAAGUGAGAUGGCACUGAGGUACUGUCUGUCUAGACAGCAUAGAGUAAGAGCUCUCUCGCCAGCCCUGUCUUUGAUUUACUGCCAGUAUCCUCCAUGCUAGGGGAUACAGUCUCCACGCAAAGGAGCUCCUUACAUUUGCAUGGCAACGUCCGCGGUGGUUCUCCCAAGAUUUCAGAAUCCAAGGCACAGAAAUCCCCAUCUUAGUUUAAUGUGACAUUAGCAGGGGCUCUACAAAUCCACCCGGGCAAAGAGGGAGUAGUGUGUUGUUGAGUCUCGGAGAGGUUAGAGAUGGGACAGACCUGCGGCAGCAGUAGCCCGGAGGGGAUGAAGUUUGGUGUUUAACUGAUCCAGAUUGGAUGCUCCUUUUCGCUCUGAUUUACUCUUGUAGCAUUUAUUUGCGGGCAUUCACAAAAGAUGCUGUUGCCACUGGGGAUUUGCACUGUGAUUGUAGGUUCUCCUAAGUUCUGCACCAUGUCCUAAGAGUACAUGCAUCUCCAUCCAGCCCUUUCCCUGCUCUCUGUGGGACGCCCACCAGCUCCCAUGAACUCUCUUUGUGUUUCUCCUCCAGUCCACUUCACUAGCACGUUUCACCUGAGCAAGAAGCCAGCAAGAUAGGGGGCAGGGGGGAUGGCAGAGAAAGGCGUGAAUCACAAAAUGCUGUUGCAGUCAGUGGCAGCAGACUCGUGCCCUACAGGUGGAGCCCGUGGCAAGGUUGGGACAGGAAUAGUGAUCAUAGUGGAUGUAUCAUGAGUUCCUUUAGAGGGCUUCAGAGUUCAGCUGCUGUAACCCGCAUCGGCACCGUUUUGGUCCAACAGCAGUGGGAGGAUGCUCAGCCCAGCCACACUGAUGGACCCAGUUCCUCUUGGCCAAAAUGCCUGGAGUGACACAAUGCACCCCCAGAUCACAGCAGGCUUCAGCCAUGUUGCUGCUCUAGUACAAUCCGUGUACCUUGCUGAUAAAUCCUCUUUUCCAUCACAUGACGGGCCUGUGAGAAUACUGCACCGCAGAGCUUUCAGCCUCCCAAAUGGAAGGCAGGCCCAUGGCUGAUCAACGGCGGAUUGAGGGUGCUGCCAAUGCUGCGCACUCCUUUGCACUUGUGGAAAUGUUUCUAUAUCAACACCCUGCUGGCGUGAGGUCCCUUUCUCUCCCUCUCCUCCUGAUCCUAACCCUCAGGAUAAAGGCGAUGCAGCCCAGCGUGAGCAGGGAUGUGCAUCAUCAUGAGCAUUCAGUGUGGAUCGGUGGCACGGGAUUGGACUGAGUGGCAAUGGGUUCACAUCUGCUCCGUUCCUCGGGGGGAGUGUGAGAGCUCAGCCUGGUUCAGACCCCCUUUGCGCCACCACCCCCAUGUAGAGUUCAGAGAUUGAAACAAGUGGCUCUUGUCUGUCGCGGUGGGUGUGAUCUGAACUUCGGGGGGGUGUUCUCUUUCUUUGGAUGGGAAUAAGUCGCAGGAUAAAUCAGAAUCCAUUCCAUUGACGUCAUGGAGCAUGUAGAACUGAGGGGACAGGAGACUGAUGUCUCUGCUUUGCUUUGAAGAUUGGUAUUGUGAACUUUCUGGGAAGGCCUCUUUGUGUUAAAAUGGUGACCAGUUUUCCAGGUCACUGCAAAACCAUGCCCCCCUUAGCUGCCGUAAUUGGUUUUUGGUGGACACCUCUCUGCUGUGACGGAAAUUGUUACCUCCUUUUGCUAAGGGUGUAGUUCUGUGUAUGAGACACCGAUGGUUUUGGUCAGGGAGCGGGGAGGGUUCUUGUGUCUCGAACUCACAGCUGGUUAAGAAGUGUCAGUCCAACAGAAGUUCUCGGAGGAAAUCUUUGCACCUGCACAGUCGUUACUUGCAAAUAAAAGUGAUUGAGUGGAGCAGAGCUGGGAGUGAGAGUGGGGGUGGGGGGUGGGGAAUACGAGUACAGAAAAGGGAUUAUGAAGCCUGAAAGAUGCAGUUUUAAAGCCUGUGGUUAGGAUUGUCUUGAUAGGGCUAACAAAAUAAAGCAGAAAAGAUGCUCAGAUUUUCCUGUUUAUCUCUAAGAUUUGCCACCAUUUCUGGCUAGCAGCGGCAGUUUAUGACAGCCAACCAGAGCAAUAUCCCCCCCCCCCCCCGCCACACACACACACACACACGCUCUCUCUCUCUCAUUUCUUCUCACCCAUGAUAUUGCUUUAUCAUUUCAGUGGCUUGAUUCAAAGCUGGACAGUCUUUCCCUUGCCUCUCGCGCAUGUGGCAUUUCGGCACUCGCACGGGGAAAAAACAGCUUUGUGCCUUUUUGUACUUUGUGGUCCAAGAUUUCCAAAUGUGGGUGUCUAAAGUGAGGCUCCUAAGCCCAUUUUUAAGCAGCUAAAUGAAAGGGGCCUGUUUUUUCAGAAGGGCAGAGCAGCCAUCCUCUCACUGUGUUCACAGGGAGCUGCUGGGUGCUGAGUGCUUUCACUCUGGACGUAGGAGCCAGACUUGAGGUACCCAUUUCUGAACAGCUUGGCCACAAAGUAUUUUAAAAGGCAACAGAAAAGGCCUGAGGGGUUAGGAUUUUUCCUGCUUUGUCCACCCUUUCUUCCUGGGAGGUUCCCAGACAAUUGGAAAGCAAGCAGGUUUCAGAUACUGGAGGCAUCGUAACCACGAAAUGAGGCAUGCUGCAUGGUGGAAGUGAUUUGUAUUUGGUUUUGCUAACCUUUGUUUAUAUCAAAUGCUUGGAAGAAGAGAACUCCUAGUUAAAGAAUUGUCCUUAAUUCACAGAAUCAUAGACUAUCAGGGUUGGAAGGGACCUCAGGAGAUCAUCUAGUCCAACCCUCUGCUCAAAGCAGGAACAAUCCCCAGGCAGUUUUUUUGUUUUGUUUUUUUAACCCCAGAUCCCUCUGUGGCCCCCCCCGGUUGAACUCACAACCCUGGGUUUAGCAGGCCAAUGCUUAAACCACUGAGCUAUCCCUUCCCGCCUCCCUUUGAAGUGGCCAUGGCAUCAUGACCAUCCCUGAACCGCUUCUCUGGAUCAUUCCAGCAAAACUAGGGCAAAACCUGAUUGACAUUCCGAAUGUUACAAAUGAAAAACAAACAGCAGGAGAAAUAAACAUUUCAUGUCUCCUUUGUCUAUCAUAAGGAAGCCAAAAAAAGGCACAGACUGAGCUGUAGGCACCAUAUACAAUAUCCUUCUUCCCUUCCCUUUAAAAUGAAUUCUCGUAAAUAUUUGAAUUCCUAGCGCUGACACUGUGCCAAACCCUAGCAUUCGGCAUGAUCGCUAUAAAAAGACACUAUCUAACCAGCAUCUGAAGAAGCUUUAUGCUAUUCAUGAAGGAGAGGAAUUGUCUGUCUGAGUUUGAGUGGGGGUGGGAAAUAUUAACCUGGGGGAGGGGGUCAUUUCCUCUGUGUGCGUUACAAUGUUUUGGCUUAAAAUGAUCAUGUUUUCCCUUCUAUUCUCAGUGCUUUGUGAUUUUAAAAAAAAAUUAGAAAAUACUGGAAGUGACAGUGGUGAGGAGUGUGAAAUACCUGUGUAAAUGGCCAUCUUUUUAACUGAGGUUUGUUUCUACCUAUUUAAAGAUUGUUUUAUUGGUAAAUUGCAUUACGGGUUUUGAGAUAAAGCCACCACCACCAUACUUGGGCUGAAGGAGCUUUCAGCAACAGGGUUAUUAUCAUUAGCCAAUUUGGGAAGAGGCAGAGGCUCAUCUGUCUAAACAAAAUGAGGGUUAGGUUGCUUUAUUUUUCAAAACUGACAUAGGGAAGCAAAAGGAAGAUCCUUUUUUAAACUGCAGUUUACAAGUUCUUCUAUCCCAUUUGCUUCUAACCACUUGGCUACAUAGGCAGCUUCAGCUUUCAGUCUUGUUAUGGAUCCUGUCUGGUGAGGCAAGAAUUUGCCUGGUGUCUUUGCUUAGUGUGGGGCUAUGGGACAGUGGACAUUACAUUUUCAAGCAUUUAGCCAACAUUCUUAGGGUUGUUUUUUUAAACAUUCUGCUUUACUUUAGAUAAUAUUCUCCCAGAAGAACUCUUGAUUUCCCAGCUGUUUCUUUCUCUGCAACAAAGAACUGCGUAUAGUUUUCCUUUUAAUCUCCGUGGGCAAUCUUAGUAGUAUGUAGAUUAAGCCCAAUGACUUUUUUGGUCUGAGCCGUAGCUAAAUUAUUAUAUCCAGUGCUUUUAUACCAGACAGCAUCACUUGGGAUAUGCAGAUGAGGUAAAGGAUCUUGACACUUUAUAACCCUUUUUAAAAGAAAAGUCUGUUUACUUAUGUCUUGUGUAAAAUCAUAUGCCUUUUCGUAAUCACUUUUAUGAAAUUCCUAAAGUGGAUUAAGGGGGUUUUGCCUCCAGCAACAACAGCAAAAUAAAAAUAAAGGGUUCACUGUUUUGUA